AUGUUUCCACUAAAUAACAAUGAUUCAGCUCUAUUAAAAUCAACUUAGUACCAAAAUGAUAGUUCAUAAAAUCAAUUUUCUAUCCCCUUUUAAUAUUAAAGCCAAAAUCUUGUUAAACAGAAUGAUUACAAAGAAUAAUUACCCAUUAAUAUAGCUGUAAAAAAUUCAAUAAUUUAAUUAGGAUAUUGAUCAUCCAGAUAAUAUCAUUACAUUGUUAGAGAAAACCUUCUAAAAUGGAUAAAUAUAUAUUGAUUUAGGAUAAAAUACUUUAAUUUCACUCAAUCCUUUCGAAUAAACCAAUUAUUUGAGUGACACAUUAAUCUAAAGUUACAAAAAGGAUUUCUUAAAUAAGAGUAAGAGAAUUUAUUAAAUAAAAUAGGUGCUACACAAUAAAAUUAUUAGCCUCAACCUCAUAUAUAUAAAUUAGCAGAACUUGCUAAAUAGGCUUGUUGGUCUAAAAAUAAUAGUUAUAAUACAUGUUCUAUAUUGACCUAAGGAAUUAGUGGAUCUGGUAAGACUGUUGCCUCUAAAGCUAUUUUGGAUUACAUUGCAGCAGAUUCUAAAAGUGGAUUAUAUAUAUCUUCUACUCUUAAUAAAGUUGAGAUAGAGUAAAGAAUUAUUUCUUCAGAUAUUAUUUUUGAAGCCUUUGGAAAUGCAAAAACAUAAAAAAAUUCUAAUUCAUCUAGAUUUGGAAAGGUUGUUUCAAUUUAAUUUGAGAAAAAUGGUAAGAUAAGUAGUGGGAAAAUAAUGACAACACUUUUUGAAAGGACUAGAUUAACAUAAAAUAGAUAUAUAGAUAGAAAUUAUCAUAUCUUUUAUUAUUUAUUUACAGCUUAUCACAAAAUAUAAGAUUUAAGUAUAUAUAUAAAAAAAUAAUAUUUUAGAAUCCUUUGCAUAAUAAUCCCAAGAAGAUCUUAAAUAUGAUAUUGUUAAAUUGGUUGAGGAAAUAUCAAAAUUAGAUCUUGAUUCAGAAUUUAUGCUUUUAGGAACUCAAAAUUAAAUACUUAUUAGUUAAGAUGAUCAGAACAAUAUAGAAGAAGAGCAAAGAUAAUCUAAUGAAGAUUUUUUAAAUUUUACAAAACUUUUAUUAGCUUUUGAUGAUCUUGAUUUUAGUUUAGAGGAAAUAGUAAAUAUAUUUAGAUGCAUUGCUGGUCUUAUUCAUUUAAAAGAAGAUAAUUAUGUAAAAGCUGAAGAAUUUUUAAUGAUUCCAAAUCUUCAAUAAACCAUAAAUUCCAAUAUUGAAAUGUCUCGUUUGAGUAAGAAACUUUAAUCAGAGUCUAUCGUAAAUGGAAUUAUAAUGGAUUUCUAUUAUAAAUUAUUUAGUUGGAUUUAAAAUAAAAUAAAUAGUAAUCUUUCUUAAGAUUAUGAUGUCAAUAAAAAACAUAUAUUAAAUGUUUUUGAUAGUUUUGGAUUUGAAAUUUUUGAAAAUGAAUAUGGAAUUCAAUAAAAUCAAUUUGAAUAACUUAUGUUAAAUUAUAUAAAUGAAAAAUUGUAGAACUUUUAUUAUUUUUCAAUUGCUGAAAAUGCACAAAGUAAAUAUAUAUAUUAUAUUAUUAGAGAAAUUUUAAUCUGAGAAUCUAAGUUUACUUAAAGUCGAUUUUCAAAAAAAUGAUAAAGUUAUAUCAGUAAUAGAAGAUGUGAUAUUUACAAGUAUAAAGGAUUGCAUUAAAUUAUAAAGAAGUACUUAAAAUUUAAAAGAUAUUAUAAAAAAAUAAACUUAAGAAAAAAAUCUUUAAGAUAUUUUGAUUGAUGAAACCUAAUUGAAAAAGAAAUAAGAGAAAUUAACAUAAAGUUAAAUAACACAUAAAUUUUUAUAAAAUAUUAUUUGUAUUAGACAUACUGGAGGUGAAGUCUAUUAUUAACUUGAUGGUUUUAUUUAAAAUAAUAAGUAUACAAUAAGUUAGGAUAUAUAAAAUAUUAAUAAAAUGAGUUCAAAUUCAAUAAUUAAAUCAUUUACUCAAUAAUCUUAAACUUAAACUGUAUCAGAUAUUACUUAAAAAGAUAUUAAUGAAAUAAUUUAAAUGUUUAAAAAAUCUGAAACAUGGUUUAUUAAAUGUUUCUAAACUAAUUAUCUAUAAAUGCCAUAAAAUUUUGAUAAAAUUGCUAUGAAAACACAAUUAAGUUAAAGUGGAAUUGAGUAAUGUUUUUAGCUUUUAUAUUAAACAUAUUUGUUAAGUAUACCUAAUGAAGAAUUUUUCAAUACUUAUUAAAUUAUCUUUCCAAAUACUAAAAAUAUAGAGGAAUGGUAAAAUGCUCUAAAUUAAUAAAUUUAAGAUUAAAACAAUAUUUAAUUCUUGUAUUUUGGAUCAAAUAAUGUUCUAAUAAAAGAAUAAUUCAAAAGAGAUCUUGAUUGUAGAAGAGAAUAGAUGAUAUAAAACUAAUAGAAUUUACCUUAUUUAGAAAUUUAAUUAAGAUAAUAAUAUGAUGAAUAAAUUGAAAUCAUAUUGGCAGAUAAUGAAAAAAAAAUAUAAGAAUUAAAUAAAAAAAUUGAGAUUAAAGAAAAGGAAGCUAAAUAUUAAUAAUAGAGAGCAGAUUAUUUAGAAGCUUUAUAAAAAAAAAUGAUUAAGAUAUUUGAAAAGACACAAGGAUAUUAUUCUUAAUAGAUGGAAGAAUUAUAAAAAAUCAAACAAGAAUGUGAUAAUAAUAUUUAAGCAUUAAAUUAGACUUAAGAUGAGCAAUCAAAUUUAAAAAGUUAAGAAAAUGGGAAAAUUUUAAUUUUUGGAUAAAUUUAGGAUAAAAAUUAAUAAUGA